AAAUAUUAUAAGUCAACUGAAUUGACAAAGGAGAUGAAAAACAGAGCUAUGGGAAUAAAAGCGGGUCGGGUUAUGAUUCAUAUUUUUGUUCUGAUUUUCCUUCUUCAAUAUGUUCAUUCCCGAACGUCGCGAAACAAAUUAAAUAUCGCAAAAGCGGGACAAAAGCUUGUAUCUCUAGUUACGCUUAAGAAAGAUAUCCCUAACCUAGUGGUCGUUGAUAAUGGUAUUAUACAAGUCACCUUCUCGAAUCCAUCAGGCUUAAUAACUGGAGUCAAGUACAAUGGCUUUGACAAUGUGUUGAACGACCAAAUUAAGAAUCGCGGGUAUUGGGACGUAGUAUGGUAUGAACCAGGACAAAAGCCGUUGACAGAUUUUUUAAUUGGAGAAAAAUUCGAUAUAAUAAAUCAAACAAGUGAGCAUGUCGAAGUUUCAUUUUCAAGAACAUGGAAGAUCUCUCAACGUGGCUCGGUAGCCCCAUUAAACGUAGAUAAAAGAUAUAUAAUUCGAAGUGGUGUGUCUGGAGUACAUAUGUACGCUGUGUUAGAGAGGUUAAAAGGUUGGCCGGAAGUGAACAUGGACCAAACCAGGAUCGUCUUCAAGCUUAACACAACAAAAUUCGAUUUCAUGGCUUUAUCAGAUAGUCGACAGAAAAUCAUGCCUUCUGAAGAAGAUCGAGAUGUCACCAAUGGUAAUGCUAGUCCAUUGGCUUACAAAGAAGCUGUUCGAUUGAUAAAACCAAAAAAUUAUAUACUUAAAGGGCAGGUUGACGAUAAGUAUAUGUACUCAAUGGAAGACAAAGACAACAAAGUGCAUGGUUGGAUUUCGUCUGACCCACGUGUCGGUUUGUGGAUGAUAACUCCCAGCGAUAAGUUCCGUGUUUGUGGGCCCGUCAAACAAGAUCUCACUUCUCAUCUAGGACCCACCAUCCUUUCCAUGUUUACAAGUACACAUUACGUGGGAAAAGAUAUGGACACAACCUAUACAAGCAAGGAGCCGUGGAAGAAGGUGUUUGGUCCUGUCUUUGUUUAUCUCAACUCUGCCACCUCUCCUAAUCUCCUAUGGACUGAUGCUAAACGACAGAUGGUUGCCGAGGUCCAAAGCUGGCCUUAUGAUUUCGUGAAGUCAGUAGAUUACCCUCUUCGCCACCAAAGAGGAACAGUCAAGGGUCAAUUCUUUGUCAUGGACAGAUACAUAAGCAAGUCGAAGUUAUUUGGGGAAUCUGCUUUUGUGGGUUUAGCAAUACCUGGUGAAGUUGGUUCUUGGCAAACCGAAAACAAGGGAUAUCAAUUUUGGACACGAGCAGACAAAGUGGGGAUGUUCACAAUAACGAAUGUGAGACCAGGGAAGUAUAGUCUCUACGCAUGGGUUUCUGGAUUUAUUGGUGACUAUAAAUACGAGCGUGACAUUACCAUCACACCAGGUAUGGAGAUAAACGUAGGAACCAUUGUGUACGAGGCGCCAAGAAACGGUCCGACACUGUGGGAGAUCGGAGAACCGGAUCGGACCGCCGCAGAGUUCUAUAUCCCUGAUCCGGACCCAAGCCUUUUGACCAAACUCUAUCUUAAUUCCUCAAAUCCUUCCCAAGACAAGUUUAGACAAUACGGUUUAUGGGAUCGUUACAGUGUUUUGUAUCCUCGAAACGAUCUUAUUUAUAUUGCUGGAGUGAAUGACUAUAAAAAAGACUGGUUCUAUGCACAUGUCACCAGAGAUGCUGGAAAUGGGACAUUUCACGAAACAACAUGGCAAAUUGUGUUUCAUUUAAAAACAGUGAAUCAAACGGGAAACUACACACUUCGAAUGGCUUUGGCUGCAGCCACGACUGCGGAUUUGUUUGUUCGGGCUAACGAAGCUAACUCCGAACCUAUUUUCACGACUGGGUUUAUAGGUCGAGAUAACGCGAUUGCUAGGCAUGGUGUUCAUGGGCUGUACAGGUUGUACAAUAUCAAUAUUCAAGGAAAAUUGCUUAGGGUUGGUAAUAAUACGAUUUUGCUUACUCAAAAUCGGAUCACUAGUUCGGUUAUAGGUGUUAUGUAUGAUUAUCUUCGUUUGGAAGGUCCUUCUGGAGUUUGA